AUGAGAACUAUACAAUUUCUGGGACCUUAUUCAAAGUUUUCACAAGUCACAAAAUGUUUUAAAGCUGAACAAAUAAAAACGGUAAAACAAUUUGGUACUAAAUUUCCAUACCUUUAUGGGGAAACAACAAGCCAUCCAAAUAUUUCCAACAAAGUGAAAGAGUAUAAAUCAGACCUAGACGCACACAUAAACAUAUUUAAUGAUCGAUUAAUUUUAAGUGAUAAAUUAAAGAGUAAUAAAAUAUUCUCUACAUAUACAAAAAGCUAUAUAAAUAAAGAAAGUGAACAUAUUUUAAUAUUAUGUCUAAAAAAAAUAAAUGAAUAUGAAAAAAAUAAAGAGAAUAUAAAAAUAAGUGUUUUUAUUUAUGAAUUACAAAAUUUAAGUAAAUCAAAAAUAAGUUACAACGUUUUAAAAAAUAUAAAAACAAUUAAAAAUUUUCUUGAUCAUAUAAAUAAUAAUAUACACACAGCAUCACCAUCUUUAUUAUUAUCUACUGCUAUAAGUUAUAAAAAUAUAAAAUUAAAUAAGUAUACAUAUUUUAAAAAUAUUUUAAAAACUAUUUGCAACCAUAUUAAGGUUUAUAAAAACAAUAAAUUAACAAAAUUAUUAAAAAGUGAAGAUAACGAUCAUAAUAAUAAAGAUGAUUAUCAAUAUACUAUCCAAUUAUUGAAUAAAAAAAAAAAAAAUCAUAAAAUAAAUAUGUUAAAUUUGUACACAAACCACUUAAAUAAUAGUGCCUUGUCUUAUAUAUUACAUUCCUAUUCAUCUUUAUUUAAUGUAUCAAAUUCUUAUUUACUUUAUAUAUGUAAAUAUAUAUUACUAAAUGUCGGAAACCUAAAUUAUCUAGACAUGCUUUCUCUUCUAUAUUUUAUGAACAAAUCUAAUAUAAAAAUUAGUAAAUCCGAUAUAUUACAUUGUAUAAAUAGUAAUGCACUAACUAAUCCGAAUAAAAUUGAAGUCGCUACAAAUAAUUAUAAUAACAAAAAAAGGACACACAAAAAUAAUGCCAAACUUGAUAGUAGUACAAAUUCUCUAACACCGAAUGGACAAGUUGUUGUACAAAAUGUAACUCAACUAAAUAAUUCAAAUAUAAAAUAUAGUGAAUAUAAAAAUACAUAUAUAAAAAUUUUAAGGACAAUUAUUCAUUUGAUAAAUAAAAAAACAGCUAUUAAUGAAAAUACAAAUGUAUUAAUAUUAAUAUUGUAUUAUUAUUUUAAAAUGAAUUUAGUACCUAUACAAAUAUUUUACAAAUUACAUUACAGAAUAAAAAAAAAUAUAAAAAAUAUAGACAUCAAAUAUAUAUCAUUAUAUCUCUAUAUUUUAAGUAACAUUAAAUUUAAUCUUGGAUUUUAUAAAUUUAUUUAUAAAUAUUUAGCUGAUGUCUUUACAAACAGAACUAAAGAGUUUAAUACUUUAUCUCUUUGUCUUUCCUUUUAUUCACUUUCAAAAAAUGAGUACUAUGAUGACAAGCACGCCGAAAGUUUAAAUGACGUAAACAUUACAAAUAUUAUAUACACACUAGGGAAGUUAAAAAAAAAAGAUGAAAACUUGUUUGAUAUAUUAUGCGAGAUUUUAACUCGAAGAAUUGAAAAUAUAUCCGCAAUAAAUUUAAGCUUGAUUAUUCAUAGCUUAUCAAAAGUUCAUUAUCAAAAUGAUAAGUUUUAUAAAAUUUGUCUUGAUAAGGGAAAAGAAUUGUUAUGUAGUUUUACCCCCAAACAGCUAAUCGUAUUUACCAUAGGGUUAGUAAUGAAUAAUAUAUAUGACUUUGAGUUUAUGCAAUUAUUUUUUAAUCAUAUUAUUUCUAUAGAUAGUGAUAAUAGUGGUGUGAAUGAUGGCAGCAAAAAAAUUAACAAAAAAAAUAAUAAAAAAAAUAAUAUGCUAAGCAUUAUAUGCUUUAGUACAGUUCUUGAAAGAGAAAAUUUUAUUAAACAGUUUCCACUAUCUAUAAAUACUUUUAUCUCUAAAAAUUUGAAUUUUGUACAAUCUAAAGAAUAUACAACUAUGCAUGAUGAAAUAUUGAAUAUAUUAAAUUAUUUAAAUAUAGACAAUUUUGAAAUAGUAAAAGAAAAAAAACCUUAUAUGUUUGAUAUAUUUAUUAAAGGGGAUAAUAAAAAUAUAUAUAUUGAUAUAUUAUCAAAAAAAAAAUAUUUAGCUUGUUCAGAAAAUUUAAAUGGAUUUAUGGAACUAAAAAAAAGACAUAUGAAAUUAUUAAAUGGUAAAUAUUAUUAUUUUGACAAAGACUCAUUUAUAUCAUUAGAUUCAAUUGAUAAAAAAACAAAUUUUAUAAAAAACUUUUUACAAAAUAUUUGCUUUUACAAUUUUAAUGCUUUAAAUCAAGCUGAUGAACAAACAAAAAGAGAUAUAACUAAUUUAAUAUAUUCUAGCCAAAAUGAAAAAAAAAAAAAUAUAAAUAUGAACCCUGAAAAAGAACAAAAUAGUUCACAAAAAUAUAACACUACCAAUUUGAUUAAAAAUAGAAAUUAUUUUUUAUUUCCAACUUAUUCUAAAAUUGAAAAUGUAGAAAAAAAUUUACAUAAAAAAAAUAAAAAAAAAAUAGAUUAUGGUGAACCGUUAAUAAAAAAACAUCAAAUAUUUAUAGACUAUGACCAAGGAAUAUUACUAAAUCAGACUAAAGUAAAUUUAAUGAAUAAUCCUUUUCAAAAUAUUCACGAUAAAGAUAAUAAUACCUAUUUAUUACAUAAUGAAAAUAAUUUUUUAUUUUCAAAAAAAUGUCAUGGGUUAACGAAAUUUGAGUGUGUUGAUAAAAAGUCAGGAAAAAUUAUUAUUAAAAAAAAUAAAUUAUUUUGGUAA